GUGAGUCUGUCAGAGACGGAUGUCAAUGGAAAUGGAGAGAAGUCUGGCGUUCAUUUUUGAUGUGAAGAAUUCUAUAAAUAUUGUUACUAUUGAAUUUGUUUUUGCAAUAUUUUGAUUACUGUGCAAGUAAAACUUUUAAAUGGAUGCACUUAGUGCGGCAGCAGAAGGUAUGAUAUCUGUGAGCUUCAGGUGACGGCGAACAUAGACAACUCCCUUUUACAGGAGCAGAUCAGAGAACUGAAAUGGAUUGCGAUUCACAAACUGCACGAACUUCGCCUCCCAAGUCAAUCAUUGAUUGCAGCCCUUUGCAAGCAGCUAUGGAUAAGAACAAAGAAUGUCCCGUCCCAGGUCAACAGAUAUUACUCUCCGCAAAACAGAUCUAUCUUUUGUAGUACUACGAUAUGAAUGUAAAUAAUAUCGAGCGGCCCCUCGAAUAACUGGUCCGCUCAGCAUGGGUAAAAGCUUUUGUAAUUUCUCCCGAAAUGUAAAUGAGAGUGAGUGGUUGGUUGGAGUUCCUUCGAAUGAACUGUCACUGUACUUUUGGCGGGUGGUCGCGACGCAGGCGUCGCCCCGCUUUGAGAUAACCCUUUCUGCGACCUUUAACCGCAGAAUAAGCUAUAGUGGAGGGGAAACUAUUUGUCUCUGGGUUUUGAAAGCCAUUCGGCAGCACCCGGGAUUUGGUGGUAGAGGAUCGAGGUCUGGGGAUAUUCAAAAGAAAUUGAAGCCGUAUACAAAAAGGCUUCGGGGAAACUUGCGUAAUUUUAAGGUUUGAAGCUGCAGCAUCCCGUCACACCGAUCAUCAUCCAUCAUCAACCGCUUCUGACCCCGCCAUCUAGCUACAAAGUUCCCGGUUAACCAUCCGGAAGAGCGACGACCGUCAAAUUCGCGCUAGCUAGGGAGCAGCGUCGUUGCCAGCAUACGUCCAGUUGCUGGGCACCGACUAUCGAUCAACCCACGUGGGAAACAUGUAAUGCAGUGACCUCCAUCAGGUCAGACUCUGCCAGCAAACGACCGGGCAAAUCGUUUGUGGCAACCGGAUCAGCAUCUCCAGCGGACAGGAUCUUCGAGCGACCCACGUAAAACCAUGGUAGUCCUUGAAAGUGAAACUACUUGUCAGAAGAACAAUGAAUCAAUUGGUAGAACAAGGAAUAAUGCCUUCGCUCAAAACUUCGCCAGCUAUUUACGAGCAACAGAGACAACUCGAGCGAGCUAAAACAGGCGACUUACUAAAGGCAAAAAUUAAACAAAGACCUAAUAGAAUGGAACUCGAGAGGAGACAUAUCCUAGAACAUCAAGAGGGAAAAAUUGAUCCUAGUUUGGCAGAGAAAAAAAGAAUGCUCGAGAAAGCAUUACUAGUGGAUCAUUUAAACUCAAAAAUAUCUCACCGACCUGGACCACUCGAACUAAUUGAAAAAAAUAUUUUGCAUGCGGAAGAGCCGAUAGAACGAAUAGUGAAAGAAGGUCUGGUUAACUUUACUUGCACUGACGAGGCUGUUUCACCAGCGCAAGCUUUACUUAGCCCAGAAAGAAUGACUUGUGUCGAAGAUGAUUCACUAAGUUCCGAAGGGGAAACUCAAAGCCUACAGAAAAUUGCGCCCAUCAAUGUCCUUUUUUUGGCUCAAAAUCAAAAUACGAGUAUUCCUGCUAAAAAUUUUACAGCCACAUCAAUUGUAAGGAUAGAAAAACAGCCUUCUUCUGAUUCAAUAACUUCGAAUAACUGUAUUACAUUUCUACAACCGGAAAAUAGUGUGAAAGUGGAGAGUGUACUUGAAACAUGCAAGAAGACGAGUAGUGGGUCCAUGAAAAAUGAUACAAGAGAAAAGAGUAAGAAAAAAUGCAAACACAAGGCCAUAUCCAAGGCCCGAUCUAUCAAAUUUCACGAAUAUAAAGGUCCACCAAAUGCUCAAAAACAUUCAGCAGUGCAGCCAAAUAGCGGCGAGACUAACUACCAGUUGAUAAUGAAGCAACAAUAUCUUCUAGAGUAUUUGGAGGAAAUUUGCAAAGAUCCUCCAGUAUUGCCCGUCAGUUCUAAAAUGUCAUUCUCUGCAACUGUUAAAGAAAAAGAACCAGGUUCAUCUAUACAGAGAAAUGAUUCGAAUUCUACACAAAAAAUCCCCCCAGACCCAGCUACAGAAGUACUCAACAAGCUGAAAGUUUUUCAACUAAAGCGGUACUGUAAAAAAUAUAAUCUACCGGUGUCUGGAUCAAAAUCAAGUCUUGUGGAUCGCUUGAAACCUUUUCUUUAUUUGAUGGAGAAAAGUCCUGAUUUUGAUGGAAAAACUGAUAUCGAUGUACUGGGGAGUUGCAACGCUCAUGAUCAAAAAAGUAAUGAUGGAAUUGAGGAAAAUUUAUUAAAAGAACAGCAGAAACGAAUUGCCGAACUACAAAAACAGUUGAAAAAGAGCCAGGAUGAGUUGGAACUAAUAAAACUAAAUCAAAUGCGCUCCCAUCAGGAUUUUAUCAUUAAACAACAGAACCACGUUUCUGCUGCGCCUAUGCAAACGAAAUCAGAACCAAGCCACCAGGACAGAUACAAGAACAAAGAAAUAAAUAUAACAUCGAUGCAUGCUGACAAAAUGCUGUCUGAUAUGGACAUUAAAAUUUCCGUGCGUAUCGAACCUGAUUCUUCAGACACUGAGAUAAAACCAAAAAUGGAACCAAACUACGUAGAAAAUGAAAUGAUAUUGAACAUGAUUGAUGCCCAACAUGACAUGCUUGGUAGGGAUGAUCUAUGUCGGGCUACAUGGAAGACUAAUAAUACUAUGCAAUCCAUGGGAGACGUUAUUCAAUGUGAUUCAUCAUUGCGUGAAAAUGCUAGCUAUGUCUCCAAUAAGGAAACACUUGACAAACUGCUUGGUCAGGUUCAGCCGGGGAUUCCUAGUUUGAAUGACGGAAAGUCCGAUCAUAGCUACAAACCUGCCGAUACGGGCUCUUGCAGGAAAAACAGUCCUCUGGGAAAGCAUUUGAGCAAAACAUCACUAGAUGAAAAUCUGCAUACGCCGUUGGGGCUUAAUGAUUACAAUGAUGUAGAUUUACUUGAUUUUCACAUGCAUAUUGAUGAUACCUGCGAUGAGUUUACAGUGACGAAACCCGAAGAAAAUUCUGUUCCGUUCCAGCAACCAAAUUCUGAUAUGCUUACCGAUAGUAACACCACUGUUAGAAUGGACGAGAAGAAUAUUUUCAAUAAUUUUGAUGGUCUUCGGUUUGUGCAUAGCGUACCAUACUCGAAUAUUUUUACCACCUACCGCAGUAGUAUAAACACGGAAAUACCGGGAGAAACAAAAGCAUCCAAAAUGUUUUCAAAGACAGAAAAUCUGAACGAUAUUAACAAAAACUACAGUACCACCAUUCUUAAUGAUGCGAAUCGUUUGCUCAGGCCAUCACAAAGAGAUGUAGAGCACCUAUCACACCCAGGGAUUUCCAACAUCAAGCGUGACUGGACGUCGGAUGGCACUUCUUUUGCCAACAACAAAUUUAAACCGAUUCAUCCUGAUGGUUUACAACAAAAUGUGCAAACAAGCCUCAUUCGCUCCGAAAUAUUGAAUAUUGCGGAUGAUAAAUGUAAUGAUAUUAGGUUUAGUUAUGAUGACAGUGCAAAGAGCACUAUUAGUGCAUUAUCUGGGAAUUUGAAUAAUAAUGCAAUUUCUGGGCAUGCCAGCCCAAUGGAUUUUGAUAGUUUACUGUCAAACAUUGAUUUACCUAACCCGAAUUGUGAUCGAGGGUUACUUGAUGGAAAUCAAGAAAAAACAUUGUAUGAUCUACAACAAAGUAGUCUACUUGAUUACUUUAACGAUGAUUAUGGUAUGCAAAAUGAUUCUUUAACUUGUGAAAUAAAUAAUACCAGUUACUGAA